UCUCUCUCUCUCUCUCUCUCUCUCUCCACACACAUAUCAAAGAGCACAAGGAGAACAAUAAAAUAAAAGAGAUCAGACGAAGGAAGUAGGAGGUACCUGUCUCCCUUCAUAUCUUCCCUGUGAAGUCUCCUCUCUGAAAGAUGCCUCUUCCCUGAAAACCAUACACAUGCGAAGCUUCUCAGAUUCCAAGCCCUUAGCCUUAUAUCCUCCCAUGUACAGUCUGUAAACCUCCAUUCUUCUCUUUCAUUCCUCCAAGUCAUAUUCUCAUAGAGAUAUGUCUGACUAGAUCGAUCUCCAAAACUUCAUCAAAAUGGUCCCUUCUCUCCUCCUCCUCGCCUUGUUUACUGUUGUAAGUUCUGUUGCUUGUGCUCCGCUUCAGAACGAUGCCUUAGUGUUGGCUUCCGUAAGAGAAGGCUUCCAAUCUUCUACCCCAGAAGUAGAGAGCUGGAAUACUGCGGACCUUAGCUCAGUGUGCUCGUGGUUCGGAGUCCAGUGCGAGCACGGCCGCGUCGUCGCCGUCGAUCUCUCCAACUUGAACAUUUCUGGCUCUGUUUCGCUCGACAUCUUCGGCCUCGACUCCCUCGUCAACCUUUCGCUCGCCGGAAACCAGCUCCAAGGUGCGAUCAGGGUGUCCCAUUUGCCGAGCCUUCGGUACUUGAACAUCUCCUUCAACCAGUUCGACGGCGGGCUCGAGUGGGACUACUUGGGCCUGCCGAACCUGGAGGUGCUCGACGCCUACGACAACAACUUCACGGCCUCGUUACCGGCCGGCGUCGCGAGCUUGAAGAGAAUCAAGUACUUGGACCUCGGCGGCAACUACUUCGACGGAGAAAUUCCGGCCAGCUAUGGGAGAUUAACCACGUUAGAGUACCUGUCGUUGAACGGCAACGAUCUCCGCGGCAGAAUUCCCGCCGAGUUGGGGAACCUGACAAGCCUCAAGCAGCUUUACUUGGGCUACUAUAAUGUGUUCGACGGCGACAUUCCCACCGAGCUGAGCAAACUAAGCAAUCUAGUCCUCCUGGACCUCUCGAGCUGCGGCCUCGACGGGGAGAUACCGCGGCAGAUCGGCAAGUUGAUCAACCUCGAAACGCUGUUCCUGCACUCCAACCGGUUGUCCGGGCAGAUACCGCCGUCGCUCGGUAAUCUCACCAGGCUGACGCUGCUCGACCUGUCGAACAAUGCGCUCACCGGAGAAGUUCCCCACGAGCUGGCCGCCCUCACCCAGCUGAACCUGCUCAACCUCUUCAUGAACCGAUUGCAUGGCUCGAUACCCGAGUUCGUCGCAGAGCUACCUAACCUGGACACCCUCCAGCUCUUCAUGAACAACUUCACGGGCGCCAUACCGGAGAGGCUCGGCUCGGGAGGCCGGAUACGGGUGCUCGAUCUUUCGUCGAACAAGCUCACCGGUGCAGUCCCUGCUAACCUGUGUCCUCUUAACCAGCUCAAAGUCCUCAUUCUACUCAACAAUUUCUUGUUCGGCGCCGUGCCCGCGAGCUUAGGCAGGUGUUCCAGCCUCACAAGAGUGAGACUCGGUCAGAAUUAUCUCAAUGGCAGCAUCCCAUUAGGCCUCCUCUACCUUCCCAACCUAAACCUAUUGGAGCUGCAGAACAAUUACCUCUCUGGUCCAGUACCAGCGAAUGAUGAUAACAGUGGCCACAGUCCAACCCAGCUGGCCGAGCUCAACCUAUCCAACAACCUGCUCGCCGGGCCAAUACCAUCCUCCAUCUCAAACCUCUCUUCCAUUCAAACCUUGCUGCUUGGCAACAAUCAGUUGGCCGGUCCAAUCCCCAGCGCCAUCGGCGGGCUGCGGCGCAUGGUCAAGCUCGACCUGAGCCGCAAUCGCCUGUCCGGCUCGAUCCCGCCGGAGAUCGGCAGUUGCACCCAGCUCACCUACCUCGAUCUCAGCCAGAACAAUCUGUCCGGCCCGAUUCCGCCGGAGAUCGCCGGAAUUUCGAUACUGAAUUACCUGAACCUUUCCAUGAACCACUUGAGCGACUCGAUACCGAGGUCGAUUGCGGCGAUGAGGAGCCUCACGGCGGCCGACUUCUCGUUCAACGACCUCUCCGGCGAGCUGCCGGAAGUCGGGCAGCUGGCCUACAUGAACGCCUCCUCGUUCGCGGGCAACGCCGGCCUCUGCGGGCCGGUCCUGGAGAACCCCUGCAGCCACACGGCCGGCAGGGUGCAUGCGCCGCGCAGCGCGGGGGACUUCAAGUUGAUAUUCGCGCUGGGGCUGCUGCUCUGCUCGCUGGUGUUCGCGGUGGCCGCGGCCGUGCGGGCGCGGUCGUACCGCCGGGGGCCUGGAGGCGCGGCGUGGCGGCUCACCGCGUUCCAGAAGGUGGACUUCGGGGUGUCGGACGUGCUGGAGUGCAUGAGGGACGGGAACGUGAUCGGGCGCGGCGGUGGCGGGGUGGUGUACAUGGGGCGGACCCGAGCCGGGGAGGCGAUCGCGGUGAAGCGACUGAGGGCCGGCGGGCACGACCACGGGUUCAGGGCGGAGGUCCGGACGCUGGGGAGCAUCCGGCACCGGAACAUCGUGCGGCUGCUGGCCUUCUGCACCAACCAGGACACCAACGUGCUGGUGUACGAGUACAUGGGGAACGGCAGCCUCGGCGAGGUGUUGCACGGGAAGGGGGGCGGCUUCCUGGGCUGGGACCGCCGCUACCGGAUCGCGGUGGAGGCGGCGAGGGGGCUGUGCUACCUCCACCACGAUUGCAGUCCCAUGAUAGUACACCGAGAUGUGAAGUCCAACAACAUCUUGCUCGACACGGGUUUUGAGGCACACGUGGCGGACUUCGGGCUGGCCAAGUUCUUGCAGGACGGCGGCGCCUCCGAGAGCAUGUCUGCCAUCGCCGGAUCCUACGGCUAUAUCGCUCCAGAGUAUGCGUACACGCUCAAAGUAGACGAGAAGAGCGACGUCUACAGCUUCGGAGUGGUUCUACUUGAGCUCAUCACCGGGCGACGCCCGGUGGGGGAGUUCGGGGACGGAGUGGACAUAGUUCAGUGGGCCAAGAGGGUCACCGACUGCAGCAGAGACAACGUCGCCGCCAUCGCUGAUCCAAGGCUGAGCACGGUGCCGAUAGCCGAGGUGAUGCAUGUCUUCUUCGUGGCCAUGCUGUGCGUGCAGGAGAACAGCGUGGAGAGGCCGACGAUGAGGGAGGUUGUCCAGAUGCUCUCCGAGUUCCCGCACCAUGUCCCGGAGAGCCACUCUCCCUCUUCCUCUGCCACUGCACUGAAAGAGAGCAGCUCAGGCAAGAAGGAGACCGGCUUCUGCAAGCUCUUCCCGGAUCUCUUGACCUGAUGAUGGUGAAGAUGUGCGGGAGUGGUGUGUAAAUUACAGUAAUGAUGAUGAAAUGGACCCCUAUAAUUCUUUAACUUUGAUGAGCAAAGGUGCUGCUUUCUUUUCAGAUCUCAGUGCGAGUUGCAGAAGAACUGUUGGAACAACAAUGAGCUUUACUCUGUUGAUGGGUUGAUGGUGGUGGUGAUCACCUUCAUCAAAAGAAAGCAUGGCUAAGGUUGUCAUGCAGCUCCAAGUGUGGUCCAUGUACAAUACUUUUCCAUCAUAGCUAUUUGCUUUUGUAAUCCUCUCUAAUCUUUGGCCUCAAGCUACUCUCAUUUCCCUCAAAUUCUUUGUUGGUUCAGCAGUAGUUUAUGUUGGAAUAGUCAAGUGUGGUAGUGGAAGUAUCACACUUGAGCUGUUGUGUCAUUAUUGGGAGGGUGGUCUAACUAUGCUCUGUUUCCUAAUACUGUCCUAUGAACCUUUGAUGAUACCCUAUCUUAUCUUCUCUUUCUCUU